AUGAGAAUUAGAAUGCUUGGGAGGAAAGAGAUUUAUCUGAUUUCAGAGGAAGGAGCAGCCACUGAUGAUUUGAUGAAAAGUAUAUUCCUUGCCAUUGAGACCAAAUCAACACCAAAUUCUUUCAGGCAUUUCCUCAAACAGGUGGAGGGUGGGGAGGGCCAAGAAGCACUCAAAACCCUUAGAGCUUUUACCCCAAGGUCCCGCCAAAAGUCUGUCAUUUCUGGGCAAGGCCGACUGGUGAAAAAAUUUACUAACCUCGUCUUCAACUCUUCUGACGCAUCCCUAAGUGUUAUCAUGGAUGCUUCAGUUUCCCAAACUCGCCUUAUUACUCAAGGUCUUUCCCCUCCUCACUCUAUUCGGCCAUUUGUGAUUGAGGCUGAGACGAUACCGAUAUCAGAUAAAGAUCUGGUCAUUGCUCCUACUUUUGAUCAGCCCAAAGUAGUAGAUACCCUAGGCGAUGAUGCUUCUAAGGACAUUGCCGCUACUUCCCCCAAGGCCAAGUCUUCUCUCUAG